GAUGACGAGGAGGAGAGCGUUUCUCCCCCUCCCGUUGCUGCCCGUCGCAAGUUUGACGAUGAGGAAGAAGACGAUGUCCUCGACUCAUGGGAUGCCGCCGACGACUCCGAGGUAGAGAGAGAGAAGGCCGUCAAGGCUGCUGAGGCCAAGGCCAAGGCCGAAGCGGAAGCUGCGGCCAACAAGAAGAGCAAGGCGCAGCGCAUACAAGAGCACAAGGCGACGCGGAAGGCACAGGCAGACGCCGAGAGCGACGAGGGGAGCGAUGAGGACGAAGCCGAGCGCCGCGCCCGCCUCCGCAAGACGGAGAAGGAUGCCGAUCUCAAGCACGCCGAGGAUCUGUUUGGCGACAUCGAUCUCAACCGAAUGCGCAACCGCGGCGCCCCCAAGGCCGUCGUUAUCGGCGACUCGGCUGACCCCACCCAGGCGGUUGACCUGUCGGCCAUGCCGCUGUUCAAACCGACCACCAAGGAUCAGUUCGCGCGCCUCACCGCGACCCUGAUCCCCCUGUUGACGGUGCACUCCAAGAAGCCCCAGUAUGCCCUGUGGGCCCAGGAAUUCGUCAAGCAGCUGGCCAAGGAACUGCCCAGUGGCGAUGUCAAGAAGAUGGCUUCCGGCCUGACCACCCUCAGCAACGAGAAGAUGAAGGAGGAGCGUGCCGCUGACAAGGGCAACAAGAAGACCAAGGCCGCCAAGACCAAGGUUUCCCUCGUCGCUGCCAGAGAUAACCACAUUGACUCUAACUCUUAUGAUGACGAUGGCUUGGAUGACGAUGACUUCAUGUAAUUAUUGAAAUUUGGCGUGACACGUUUUCCUUAUCUCAUCAUCCUCCAUAGCUUUCUCUUAGUCUCGGGUUUCAUCCUCUCCAGGUUUUUAGCUAGACCGGUCUUGACAUGCUUCUGACGUGCCCUAUUCCUGUAAAUGCGAUAUAAACCCAUCUCCUUGUUGUUCUUCCCUAUUUGUUUUAAGCAGCCAUCCUGCUCACAACAUACUACUGUUCGCAUAUAGACAUAGAAUCCGAGUCCAGGACAGUGCCCAUGAUUCAGACGCACUAUAGGCCUUGACUUUCAAUAGACAUUUUACACCUCGGGACA